AUGUCGUUUCUGCUGGAGCCAACUACGCCAAUAGCUGCGAACGGGUCACCACCUUCAGGGACAGCAGAACGUAGGCAGAUUCGACUUGAAGGAUUGGCGCCAUUGACUGUCCUGGCGGAGCAAAGUCUUUGCUACACAAUCCGUGCCCGCGCAUCCCUGAUCAACACAUGUGUCAUGUCCCUCUAUUUCCACGACCUCAACCUUCUGGGCCACCUCGAGAUCAUGGAGCGGUUCAUGUUGAUGAGAGAUGGGCAGUUUGUGGCGAGACUGGGCGAGGCGUUGUUUGAGGACGAAACAGGACUUUUGAUACGUUGUGCGGAAGCUGCUAAUGAGGCUGCUGCCAACGAAAUAGCAGAUGCAUCGGCCAGACCGGGCUCGGGAACUAGGCUUGAUCGACGUGGAUCUGUUGCGUCUACGUCGUCCAACACCUCGACUUGGAGAACGGCACGUCUGACAUGGCCGCCCAGGAGUGGAGAGGUGGAGAUGACGCUGAGGGCUGUUCUUCUUGAUUGUUUCCAGGCUGAUGGUCCUGAUGAGUUUGAGAGUUCGCAGGCGGUCGUGGACUCGGAUUUGUCAGAUAUGGAAGUUGAGGAUGGUGAGGUGUCUCGGUCGUAUGUGCGUGGCUCACAGAAGGGUCGGUUGUUGAGUAAGAAGAGGAAGAUUGGCGCAGAGGAACUCGAGGAAACGUUGGCAUUUGCGGUCAAGGGGUACGAGGAUGAGAGUACGAUCUGCCGCGAUGCAAAUGCGCUGGAGUCACUUGAUUUUUUAUAUCUUGACUACAAGGCGCCCAGGCCCCUUCGACUCUUGAUCUUUACACCCUCGGCGUUCAAAAAGUACACUCGCCUGUUCAACUUCCAGCUGCGUCUCGCCAGAGUCGGCGCGGCCAUGAAGCAGGUCUAUCGACACCUCAGGUCACGCCAAAAACUCAUCGCCGCCAUGCCGUCUUUACUCCAUUCAAACACCUCACCGAAGAUCCAGCAGGCACAGACACAACUGCAUGUCGAAAUGAGGAUAUUGCACCAGUUCCGGUUUGAGGCUCAGCAGAUCUUUGAUGGACUCCAGGGGUAUAUUGUCAAUGAUGCCAUGGGCCAGACGUGGGAGGCGUUUAUGGACCGAAUGAGGGAUGUUCAGCGUCGCGUCGAGGACCGGAUCGUUACCUGCUCCUCCUCUUCCUCCCUUGCAAACUCUGUUGACUGUCAGGAAGAUCAAGACGAAGAUGAGGACGAGAGUGGGUUUGACGAGUUGGGAGAUUUGGCGUCACUUCGAGAUGAGCACGACGAGGUUCUGGACCAGUUGCUACUAAAGUCGCUUCUGAAGCGCAAACAGGCCCCGAUCCUCAAGAUUGUCCAUGGGAUCUUGAACUGUCUACUCCGGUUCUUCCAGAUGGUCAGCCGGCUCCCUUCGUCCGACCCUGCUGAUCUGGCGUCUUUGGUAUCUGGAGAAGGUGGUGAUGAUGGUAUGGACAUUGAGAGGAUGUUAGAGGAUGUUCUGGAUCGACAAAGGGUCCGGGUGGAGAAGCUAAAGAGUCUGCAGGACAAGUUUCGGGGAUCGUGUCGGUUGUUGGUCAAGGUUCUUAAGGUCUUGGAUGAGCGUGGGGUGAAUAUGGAGAGCAGCGGUGGUGCUGCUGGUGCUAAUGCUUCUGCGAAGAAGCGGCGGCAGCAACAGGAAGGUGGUGGCAGCGCAGAUACUUUGUCUAAUGGCGCCGGUGGCAACAACGGAUUCUUGCAACGGUUGUUACUUCGACUGGAUAUGUCUGGAUUCAACGACAACUAA